CUCUAACUGUUAUCCUAUCCACAACGUUGUCCAAGCUCCAUUGUUCAACUUCAACUUGUCACACUACAUAGUGCAAAAAUAGUUGGUUCCUUCCCCCAAAAAACAUCCUUGAUUUCCAAGAAAACCAAAGCCAUGGCAUGUUCUCCAUCAUCUAUAUCUGCAUUCUCAUUCUCCACUCCAUCAUCACUUCCUAGACAACGAGCUUCUACUUCUUCUGUUCUAAUCCCCAGAGCUAUGUCCAAAGGCCUAUACUUCAACCAUGAUGGUUCUACUACAAAGAAACUUCUUGCAGGGGUGGACAUGGUGGCAGAGCUUCUUGGUGUCACAUUGGGUCCCAAGGGGAGAAAUGUUGUGCUGCCAAACAAGUAUGGGCCACCCAAGAUUGUAAAUGAUGGAGAAACUGUUCUCAAAGAGAUUGAAUUGGAAGAUCCUCUUGAGAAUCUUGGAGUAAAAUUGGUGAGACAAGCUGGUGCAAAAACCAAUAACCUAGCUGGUGAUGGUUCAACUACAUCUGUUAUUCUUGCCCAUGGCUUAAUCACAGAGGGGACAAAGGUUAUUGCAGCUGGAAUGAAUCCUGUUCAAAUUGCUCGUGGGAUUGAGAAGACGGCAAAAGCACUUGUUUCUGAACUCAUGUUGAUGUCUAGAGAAGUUGAGGACCAUGAGCUUAGAGAUGUUGCAGCAGUCAGUGCUGGGAAUGAUUAUGCAGUAGGAAACAUGAUUUCUGAGGCUCUUCAUCAAGUAGGCAGGAGGGGAGUAGUUACAAUAGAAAAAGGAAAGAGCACUGAGAAUACUCUGGAGAUUGUAGAAGGAAUGCAAUUUGAUCGCGGAUAUCUGUCCCCACACUUUGUCACGGAUAAAGGAAAGAUGACAGUGGAAUUUCAAAACUGCAAGCUGCUUUUGGUGGACAAGAAAAUCACAAACGCGAAGGAGCUGCUUAAUAUAUUGAAAAUUUCCUGGAGAGAGAAGUAUCCACUUGUGAUAGUUUCAGAGGGCAUUGAGGAGGAAGCUCUGGCUCCAGUUCUUAAAAAUAAGCUCAACGGCUCGCUUAAGGUAGCAGCCAUUAAGGCUCCUGCGUUCGGUGAACGCAAGACCCACUACUUAGAAGACAUUGCCAUCUUGACUGGAGGUACUGUAAUCAGAGAAGACAUGGGUUUCACCCUGGCAAAGGCUAGCACAGGUAUGCUGGGUUCUGCUACAAAGAUUGUCAUCACACAGAAUUCGACCCUAAUAGUCACUGAUGGGAGUACUCGAGUAGCUGUUGAGAAGAGGGUUUAUCAACUUAGGAGGCUUGUUGAGAAUACUGUAGAAAAUUUCCAAAAGAAGAUAUUGAAUGAAAGGAUAGCAAGAUUAUCAGGGGGCAUUGCCAUUCUUCAGGUAGGAGCACUAACAGAAGUUGAGUUGAAGGAUAAGCAAUUAAGAAUAGAAGAUGCAUUGAAUGCAACCAAGGCAGCAAUUGAGGAAGGUGUAGUAGUUGGUGGUGGCUGCAGCCUUUUAAGGCUAUCCAAGAAGAUGGAUAGCAUAAAAGAACUCCUGGACAAUGAAGAGCAAAAAAUUGGAGCUGAAAUCUUCAAAAGAGCUUUGAGCUAUCCUACUAGAAAGAUAGCGAAAAAUGCUGGUGUGAAUGGCAAUGUCGUCAUAGAUAAGGUUUUAUCAGACGAUAACAUGAAUUUUGGUUACAAUGCUGCGAGCGACUGUUAUGAGGAUCUCAUGAAAGCUGGGAUCAUGGAUCCAGCAAAGGUAGUUAGGUGUUGUAUAGAGCAUUCGGCUUCUGUGGCGAAGGCAUUUCUAACAUCUAAUGCUGCUGUGAUUGACCUCGUGCAAUUUGAGCCCAUACCAAGGGGAAAGCCCAUGGCUACCUCAGGUUUAGGAGGACCAAUUGGGUCUGAAUAAAGAAAGUUGUGUGCAGUUCAGUUCAGCUUUUUGGAUCUAGCUUUUAUUGACCACCCAAGUAUUCAAGAAAACAAAUCAAGAUGACCACCCAAGUAUUCAAGAAAACAAAUCAAGAAGCUUGUACAAAUGCUUGUACAGAUAAUGGAAUUGAUCGAUCCCAGGGCCCCCAAAUGAAGUUAGACACAUUAAAUUGACUCUGACUAGCUUGGAGAACUCCUUCAAUGGGAAGUACACAACAUGUAUACAGAAGGAAAAGCUUGUGGCAUUCAGUAGUUACCAUGUCCAAUUCUAAUGGUGGAUGUUAGAAAAAGUUCUUUAAUUAUUGGAUGGAGUAUAAGAAUUUUCAGGCAUAGUGUGAACUGUGAAGCAAUUUAAAUGCAGUAUGCUUCUGAAAGAUAAUUACAUAGUUACUUGUUAAUCAAUCACAUCCGCUUAUAAAUCAAAUACAUUUGCAGCUAAGCGCCUAAGCUAUCAUGGG